CAGAGCCCUCAUUCCUCUCCAUUGUCUUCGCGUCUGGGAUUUUCAUUUCUUCCCCGCAAUUGAAAUCUCCGCAAAAACAGUUCCGCCUUCAACAGUCCGUACUUUUCUCUCGUUUUCCGCAUUUCUCAUUUCCAAACGCAAAUCUGAGAAAACUCUGUUUCCCGGAAAAACGAGGAAAUCAAUGUCUUCGAAUCUAGCCCUUUCUCCUUCAUCUGCUUCUUCUUCUUCAUCUUCUUCUCCUUCUUCUUCUCAUCUCCACCAUCGAUCUUGUCUUUCCUCUCCCUCUUCUCCUUCCUUCUUAAAACUCGGGAACCGCAGCCGAACUCCAAGAACCAUCCUCACCGUCCGUUCUCACGCUAGCGCUGAUGGAACUGGAGGAUCGAAGCAAUCGUCCGAUCCAAUGGACGGAUGUACGGUUACGUCCUCGGCCAUCGAUUUCCUCACGUUGUGCCAUCGCCUCAAGACUACAAAAAGGAAGGGAUGGAUCAACCAUGGAAUCAAGGGUCCUGAAUCUAUUGCUGAUCACAUGUACCGCAUGGCACUGAUGGCUUUAAUUGCUGGUGACCUUCCUGGUGUAAACAGGGAAAGAUGUAUUAAGAUUGCAAUAGUGCAUGACAUUGCAGAAGCUAUUGUGGGCGAUAUCACACCCUCAGAUGGUGUGCCUAAAGAAGAAAAGCAUAGGCGCGAACAAGAUGCUUUGAAUGAAAUGUGUAAAGUCCUUGGUGGAGGAAUGAGGGCUGAGGAGAUAAAAGAACUUUGGGCAGAGUAUGAGAACAAUUCUUCUAUAGAGGCUAAUCUUGUGAAGGAUUUUGAUAAAGUGGAAAUGAUUCUGCAAGCUUUGGAGUAUGAAACUGAACACGGGAAGGUCUUGGACGAGUUCUUUCUCUCCACAGCAGGGAAAUUUCAAACGGAAAUUGGGAGGACUUGGGCAGCCGAGGUGACAUCAAGACGGAACAUGAGGCUAAGCAACAGGUUCAACUGACCACACUCACAGCUAGAAUCUGCUGUGUUGUAUUCUCUUGCUGUUGUUUCAAUAAGAUAGAGCUUAAACUGUUUUUACCUGGCCCGCCUCACUCUCAGCAGCUUCUGUGCCUAGCCGGUGGCCAUACCGUAAAGCGGCAUGGGUUGCACUGGAGGAUACCGACGUUUUCUCUUAAGCUUGAGAGUAAAAUACACCGUAUUUAAAGAAAUAAAGCAUUUAUUCUUGUGGC